ACAGAGGUGCGUCAGUGCGCCAGUGCCCUUAUUCUCUCUCUUGGUGCGCGCAGAUCCUUGAUGAACGUGCGUGUUGCCAACUAAGACUUAUCAACAGUAAACGCGGGAUUUAUUUUAUAUUAGAUUAUUUUUUCUUUCUUUUUUUAACUUUGGGAAGCGUUAACUUCCCUCCCUGCGCAGACCAAGUGACAUGGACUGCGGACAGUGUCCGGUCAUUAUACCACUUGGAGGUUCAGCAAAAAACGGACAGAAACUGAUUUGAACUCGCGGUAACUCUUAAGUCAGAAAUAUGGAUCUCAAUGCGCAAAAUGACACAUCUGCUUCACCCGAGUGCGUCCACAGCGGAGCCGGUAACUGGAGCUUGGAGACGCCAAACACCACAUGCGGGAACUUCACGUCCCACGUACCUCAGCGUGUGAGGCAGAGAGAUGAGGACCACACGCUGCGGAUCCUGCUCUACUCGCUCAUCUUCUUCCUGAGUGUAGUUGGAAAUCUGCUGAUCAUUGUGGUGCUGACCGUCAAUAAGCGCAUGCGCACCGUGACCAACACUUUCCUACUGUCACUCGCUGUCAGUGAUCUGAUGAUGGCUGUCUUCUGCAUGCCUUUCAACCUCAUCCCCAGCGUCCUCAAGGACUUCAUCUUUGGAGCCACCAUGUGCAAGAUCGUUUCCUACCUAAUGGGCAUAUCAGUGAGUAUCUCCACAUUCAGCCUGGUUGCCAUAGCAAUUGAACGCUAUAGCGCCAUCUGUAAUCCUCUGAAGUCACGGGUUUGGCAGACCCGUUCACAUGCUUAUCGGGUGAUUGCUGCUACUUGGGUGGUCGCCUUCAUCAUCAUGAUCCCCUAUCCAAUCAUCAGUCACCUGGAAUCUUUUCAACGCUCCGACAACACCACAGCUCACCGGUGUCGUCAUAAGUGGCCACUCCCAGUGGCAGCGCAGACUUGGUACAUUCUGCUCCUGCUCGCACUGUUUGCAAUCCCAGGCGUGGUGAUGAUUGUGGCUUAUGGACUGAUCUCCAGGGAACUUUAUAGAGGCAUCCAGUUUGAGAUGGGCCAUAAAAAAGACACUGAUGAUGUGAAAAAUGGCCUGACCGCCGCUGCGUCUUGCGGCAGUGAUGAUGGAGAUGGCUGCUAUGUAAAUGUCGGCCAGCGGCCACAUUCAGUGGAGAUGACCACCAUGCCCUCAUCAGGCAGGGCAGUCAAGGCCGAGCGCCUACGCAGCAACACAUCUGAGGCUAAACUGGAGGCCAAGAAACGAGUCAUCCGCAUGCUGGUGGUCAUUGUUGUGCUUUUCUUUCUGUGCUGGAUGCCACUGUACUGUGCCAACACGUGGCGAGCUUUUGAUGACACCUCCGCCACACUCGCCCUCUCGGGGGCCCCGAUCGCUUUCAUCCAGCUGUUGUGCUACACCUCUGCCUGUGUCAACCCAAUGAUUUACUGCUUCAUGAACACACGUUUCCGCAAGGCUUUACUCGCCACAUUCUCAUGCUGUGCCGCACCUUGCCAUCGCCGUCAUCACCGUGGGAUGCGGGAAAAUGAAGAGGAUGUUAUGGCAAUGGGGGCGUCUAUGUCCAAGUUCAGUUACACGACAGUCAGCACCAUGGGAACCUGCUGAGGUGGAUGGAUGCAGGCAAAAUCCAGGAGAGAUAGUUACUACGGCAACACAGCACCCCGCAUCCUUUUUCCUGCAGGCCAACUCAGUGCUCCUGUGGACUUCAAUGUGGAGUGAAUGUACGGGCCAUAUAAUGUAGCAGUACAGACGUUUCCUACAUGAGUAAAAUCAUGUUGGAAGAAUUUAGAAGAACUCAUUCUUACAGUGUACUGUUAUAUUAAAAAAAACAAAGAAACAGAUUAGACAGUUAUGGCUUUUCACAGAGGACCACUGCAAAUCGUUUGCUCAGCUAUUAACAGCAGGGCAUGUGUGGACACAGGGGUGUGUGUGUGUGUUGAUGUGUAAACCUUUUCUGACAUAAACACAGCCUACAGACUGAAGAGAACGUCUUUGUUUCUCACAGAUCUGCACAAGUAUCACACAGUAUUCACUUUAAAUAUGUUUUUUGAAUGAAAAUGAGAUAUCGCGAUCGCAAUGCCAUAUUUAAAAAUCAUUCAUUCAGCCCUAAUGCAGUGUCCUAAGGAGAAUAGCUGAGCAAAUGUAUCUCUCUCUCUCUCUCCAUCUGAGUGUGUGUGGUAAUAGAGUUUUAUGAUAUGUAAGGGAGAACGUCUUGACAACUUAGUAGUCAUUAUGUAGCUAUAAUAGUAUUUUUAUUGUCCGUUGCUAGCUGUUGUUAGUCUGUGUUAAUGAUGGCAAUGUGAUUGUCUUGUUGACUAAGUGCCUGCCACUAAAUAAUAAUAUGUUAUAUUUGUCUGCUGAAGCUUUGCCUCGUUUAUCACAGGGCAACAUAAAUACAGACAUGUUGCAACCAGAGGUGCUUUACUGUUUACUGUAAACUACUGGCAGUGUUGUUGCUCUGUGUUGUGGUCGUGAACGAUGAUACGAGAGACACUUUUGUGUUUGUCUGUGUAUGCAGCAGCUAAACAGUUUAUUUUAUUACAUUUUAAGCUAUCAUAGUCAACUUUUGAAUGUGACAAAAGCACAUUUUUAACUGACAGUUUGAUGUUAUAUAUUAGAUAAAACAAAAGAAUUAUAGUACAGUAAAGUGGACCAGGCAACAGCAAGUUACAUGAGCUAAACACAAGGAUCAUGUCAGAUCUAAAACAAGAAGUAUCGGAUGUACGUGUUUACUUACAUGUUGUAAAUGUUACACUUGUCUCUUUAUUACCAAACAGUUACAUGUGGCAAGAUCAAAGAGUGAUUCGUGUUAAUAGUAAGUUCCGUGCUGCCUUAUAGUGUGCUUAAAAAGAGGAAACGACCUGUGAAUAAGUUCAGUCACUUGUUGUUGUGUUUCAGCUCAGCUGCAGGUUAGAGAGAGGCAGCCAUAUUUCAGAAGUCUCUGUUUGUCAGACCCCCUCACCCACCUCACAAUCAUGCCAGGCUGAGAGGAAGACCAUAUUUCUCUGUGUGCCACCAAAGCACAAUGCUGUCAUUCUCACGUCCUUUCUCAGAUGAAUGACCUGCACUUGUGGGCAUUUUGUGGAAGAUGUGAAAUCAGCGUGCAGCUCCAUUUGUUUAUACCGAUGGUUUACCACAGAAUCAUCCUCUUUGGCCCUUUUGGCUAUUUGGCUAUUAUGUGCAGAAUUUAGUCUGGACAUUUUCUGGAGGUUACUGUUCACAUAAUAUGAGGAAAGAUUUAGUGGGUGCGAAUGUUCAUGAAAGCAGAAUUGAAGAAGAAUCUCUGGAGGAUCCAGGUGAGAGGGUGACGUGUGGAUGUAGGAGGCAGGAAAACGCUCAUUUGCUUUACUGGGGAUCCCUUGAUGUUUCUCCUGCUGCAUUCGCACAUGAGCUCACUCACACAUUAUCCGGAGAUUACACCAGGGAGAAUCUCCACACAACACAUGGAGAGACCACUGUGAACAUUUGCAUUCACACCUACGGCCCCUCCCCGAGAGUCACCGGGGAACAACCUGACUUUGUUGCAUGUCUGAAAGCAAUUUUUAGAGCUUUUAUCGGCAUCGAACUCAGCCUGUGUUAUAGGAAAACCGGAGCAGGUUCUUAUGUUGCACAUGAUAAUCACUUAGUAUCUAUGACUCCUGCUCCUAUAACUCAAGUGUGACUCCUUUUGUGCAGAUGGCUUGGAUCUUAAAUGUGCACAUCCAAUAAAACCAAAGUGUGAUUACGGUAAAUAGGUUGUGUUUUUCAAAUUGAAAUGAUUGCCUCUGAUAUGUCAGUCCCAUUGUCAAAUUGAGGAAAACCAGACAUUCCUAUAACUGUGGACGAGGUUCUCCUGCAGGCAGGAAGUAUUGAUGUGUCUGGUAGUCUUUCCCAGACGGAGAAAUACUUAAAUACAAUUGUCUGUGUGUUUAUUUACGAGUGACAUUAGCAAAAACUUUCUUUUCUAGAAAGUCGAGAAAGAUUUUUCUGUGGGGCUGCAAAGGCUGUUUGAUGUCUGACUCUCCCACAUCACUUCAUCCAGUCCCUAUAAACACAACAGACUCCUGGUUAUUAUUCACCUACACCAUUGCAGACAGUUGCAGACGAAUGCAUAAUCAUUUAUUUCCUCUUUUCAAAAUGAAUGUUGGCUUCAGUUAAAAAUAUCUAUGAUGACAAAUUCCCAGAAAUCACUGGUUUACUAGUUUACAACGGAGCUCUCAUCACUGUGCAGCAUAGUGAUGAGCAAAUAUUUACCUUAGGAUUUGGAGGAGGCUAAAAAGAUUUGACUAACAGCAAGCAUUACUCAAAAUAACUGCUAAUAUUACUCCUGCUGUGUAAAUUGGCAAAAGUUUAAAGCUUUCUAAAUAGUGCCAUAAAGACAGUUCAAUAAAUAAAGUUGUUUAACUAAAUGCGGCUAAAUGUAAAGCCAUGCAUGACAAGAAAAAUCGCCUUUGAGAUGCUGGACAAAUACAAAUGCGUGGCUACAUAAUAACUUGUAUAAUACCUAAUUAUAAUAACUAAUGAUAUGUACUAUCAUUAGUCACCAUA